AUUACUUAGCUGAAUGGCUAUUGGUUGAUCGUCCGCCAUUUUGCUCUGUAGAAAAAAAUAAUUGAAAUACGUGCAUGCUACGCUUACACCCUAACUUUUUGUAGAAAAAGUGGAUUAAAAAUAUCUAAUCACUAUUUUACAAGAUGGGGAAACGUUCGACGCAAACAACAAAGAGUGGGAAGUACAUGAACCCCACUGAUCAAGCUCGUAAGGAAGCAAGGAAAAAAGAACUAAGAAAGAAUAAGAAGCAAAGGCAAACUGUACGACAUGCUGUCCUUAAAAGCAAAGAUCCUCUUCAAAUCUUUAAGGAACUGGACGGAGUUGACGACAUGGAAUUUGAUCCUAUAAACGCUCCAAAAUUAAAUGAAAAAGUUUUAAAAGAGAAAAGGAGAAAAUUAAAAGAAACUCUUAAACGGGUAAUGGGAAUGUAUGAAAAAGAAAAUCCAAAUUAUUAUUUUGAAUUACGAAAAGCUGAAUCCGAGUACGAAAGGCGCAAAGUUGAAAAACAAAUCUAUUAUGAACAAGUACAGACGGCUAAAAGAUGUACAAUUGAUCAAAUUCCCCUACCUGAGAAUAAAAUAGGAGGUGGCAUUCCUCUUCCUCCAAUGACAGCUUCGUUACCACCACCAAAGAUUGGAAUUUUGAAGAAAUCAGCGGAAACCGCUAAUAAGUUUCCUUUGCCCAAGAGAAAACCACCAGGUCCUCCUCCAGGUACUCCUCCUAUCAUAUCUGAUACUGAUGAUAGUGAUUCAGACGACCCAUUUCAACCUCCUAUACCUAAAAAGCGUGUUAUCCGAUUCGAUGAUCCUGGAGAUGGUGAAGAAAAAGAUACUCGAUUAACCAUGUCAGCGGCUUACGAGUUAUCGAAUCAAAUGGACAGUUAUGAAGACGAUGGUCCUCCUGGUGUAAGAGAUCUUAGCCAGCAAAAACCUGCCCCGGUGGUUUUGCCUCCUGGUCCGCCACCAGGUUUACCCACUUUUCUUAUGAGAGCGCAAACUGGCAUGAAUAUUCGACAUCCAAAUCCACCACCGCAAAUGCCUCAUCAGUUCAGACCACCUGGACCUACAGUUCGUUUACCACCUGGACCUCCGCCUGGUCUCCCUCCUCAUUUGAUGAACAGGCCAGCAGCUCAGCAACAGAAUAUGAAUCGUAAUCCACAACAAAAAUUGGAUAAUAGAAGAAGUCAGAGUGGUCCUACGAUCGAGGCUAAGCCACAAAUUAAGAAUAUUAUGGGAGAUGUAACUAGAUUUACACCGAUGGCUCUGAAAGUUAGACGAGAAGUUAAAGAUAAUAGGGGAAGAGUUAUUAAAACUGGUCAAAAUGAUCCAUUAUUGGGAUCUUCAGAUAAACCGCUUGUUGGACCUACUAAAGAUAAGGUCUACGAUAGUUUUAUGAGUGAACUUAAAGGCCUGUUAUGA